UUGGUCGUCUGGUGCACGGGUCGCCGUCGAGGGUGGCAGGUUAUUGCCGUCGAGAUUCGAGAUCGUUGACUGUCAUCGGGGACAUUUAACCGGACAUUAAACGUUACAUCAUGGCAUCGGCAACGGAGCAACAGCAACAGACCACCUUGGAAUUCUAUCAGGCAAUGGCAGAUUUUAAAAACAUGUUUCCACAGAUGGACGACGACGUUAUCGAGGCGGUUUUGCGAUCGAACCAAGGAGCAGUAGACACGACGAUCGAUCAGCUACUUACGAUGAGUACGGAUAACGAGAACGAGAAAAUUAGAGGCGAACUGGAGCAAAACGAGGAACCGCCAAAGGUGAUCUCGAGACCAGGAAAGGAGGACAACAGCGAUUCACUGAAAAGUAUCCACAAGUGGCAACCACCGCUGUUGGGACCAUUACCUGAUAAUUUCCUAAGGCUUCCUCAACAAUUGACCGAAGAAUCCGAUAGCAUACAAGCCUUGGUCGCUUCCGAGAAUACGAGGCUCGAUGACGAAAGGAUCGUUAUGUUUCUUCAAAAUGAAGAAUUCAUGGCAGAGUUGCGAUGGAACGAGGACUUUUUAUUGACACUGGAGAAUGAUGCAAAGGUGCAGCGAGCUGAACUCGAGAACGGUGGAGAUUCGAUCACCCACGACGACGAAGACUUGUUUAAAGAGAGAUUGAAAAACAUGGGGAAAGUGUCGCGCCGGAAAUUUGCCCAGCUGACGAAGGUGUUCACUCGUAGUAAGAAGAAAAAUGGACGUCACCUCUUGCCUCCGACAGCAUCCUGCGACGACCUCUUAGAUCCCGAAGACUCGACAAGAUCUCAGUCUUAAUUCAGUGCUGCCCCAACAAAGUCAAUUUUAAACAUAUUCCAAUGUGACUCAUCGAUUAACAGUUACGGGUGUUAACGACAGGAAUCUGUUGCAGCUAUAAACACUCUAGAUUAAAGUCAUUUUGUCUACGACGCAAUGGAGGACAGUCGGUAUGGUUUGAUGUUGCCAUAUUUAGAAGUAUUCAAUCGUUAGAGCAUAUAAAAAGUUUUGAGAAAAAUGCAAUAUGCUUUAUAUAAUUUAUUCUAACAAAUACGUUUCCUUAGACUAUUCAUCAUUUUUGUUAAGAGUCCAAGUUAUGCUAAUUUAAUGUAAUGAAGUACAUGUUCGAUUGGAUUCCUUUCAUGCAAUCGGAUAGUAAGUAAUUACUUGCAGGGCUACAUAUAUAUAAUUAUACAAUACACAGGCGUUUAGCAACUGAUAUUAUCCAAAGUCAUGUAAGAGUAUCUGCAUAUAUCAAAUACUAUGGCUGAUACAGGCAAACCUUUCCUUCUUCAGAGCAAAGGCUCGUGGAAAAAAAUAAUCAGGGAUAGUUUUUAUAGAUUUUAAAUAAUCGUAAAAUUAAGUUGUUACAAAGAAGACUUGGGAGGUCUAACGUUUCGUUAAAAAAAAGAUUAUUACUUUGUAGAGCACUUGAGGGAUAGAAAAGGUAACAUUUGUGACGAGUCAAAGGGGACUACACAUUGCAGGAAAUGAAUGGACAUUGUUUUGAAGAGGAAACUGCAAGAUAAUAGUAAAACAGCUUUGUAAUUUACAACGGUAUAACCAACGGUCUGGAGUCUAUUUUCCUUUAAUAAAAUAAUAUCUUAUGUUCUUAGAAUACAUUGGUUAAUAAUUCUAUUAAUGCCAGUGAUAAUAUAUCGUACUCAUUUUGGGUAAUUAAUUCCUUACUGUGAUUGGUAUUCCGUUAUCUCGGAAUCUCACUAGAUUGCUAAAUAUGUUCAGUUAAGUUAGCAUUCGGCAAUGUAAUUCAAGCAAGUUUAAAUAAAAAGUUAUAUUUAGUUUUUACAGAUGCCUUUGCAUCCACUUCUUGAGGUCCAUGAGCCAUGUUCCUAGAUUAGCGAUAAGUUAGAGUGCAUUAAAAGCCCUAAAUUUCUUACGGAUAAAAUUAAAAUUAUUGUAGCUCUAAAAAUUUAGCACCGCAAACGUGAUGGGAGCUGCGUGU